AUGGCGCUUCUUCUUCUGAGACCUCCUCCUCCUCCUUAUCUUCGCUUCAUGGCCCUACGCUUUCUCUCACACUCUUCUCUUCACCCUCACUUCCCCUCCUCUUCUUCUUCUUUCUCGUCUUCCUCUCUUGCUCGUCCCUCCCUCUUGUUCAACCCACAACCCAGGACCCAUAUUCCACUGAAGGGCGUUCCUAGCUGCUGUGCAGUUCGAAAUGCGGUUGCUCCAAGAGCUUUUAUGUCGUCUACCCCUGCAACCGAGGCUUUUCAAGGCAGCUCUGGCUCCAAUGCAUAUGGGUCUGAUCAGAUUCAGGUAUUGGAAGGCUUAGACCCUGUUAGAAAGAGGCCAGGGAUGUAUAUUGGGAGCACAGGACCUCGUGGUCUUCACCAUUUGGUCUAUGAAAUUUUAGAUAAUGCUGUGGAUGAGGCUCAAGCCGGAUUUGCUUCAAAGAUCGAGGUUGUUUUACUUGCAGAUGGUUCUGUGAGCAUCGCUGACAAUGGUCGUGGGAUUCCGACUGAUAUGCACCCAGCAACCAAGAAAUCUGCUCUGGAGACUGUGUUGACGGUUUUACAUGCUGGUGGCAAAUUUGGUGGUUCAAGUAGUGGGUAUAGUGUCUCUGGUGGAUUACAUGGUGUGGGUUUAUCUGUCGUCAAUGCCUUGUCUGAGACAUUGGAAGUCACUGUUUGGCGUGAUGGAAUGGAAUAUCAGCAAAAAUAUUCUCGUGGAAAGCCUGUGACAACUCUAUCUUGUCAUGUGCUUCCAAUUGAAUCCCAAGAUCGGCAAGGAACGCGCAUCAGAUUUUGGCCUGACAAAGAAGUAUUCACAACUGCUAUUCAGUUUGAGUACAACACAAUAGCUGGACGAAUUAGGGAGCUAGCUUUUCUAAACCCUAAUCUCAUGAUCACUCUUAGACAAGAGGAUACAGAUCCAGAGAAGAACCAUCACAACGAAUACUUUUAUGCAGGGGGUUUGGUUGAAUAUGUGAGAUGGCUAAAUACUGAUAAGAAACCGCUUCACGAUGUGGUUGGCUUUAGAAAAGAAGUGGAUGGAAUCACUAUUGAUGUAGCUCUCCAGUGGUGUUCUGAUGCAUAUUCAGAUACAAUGCUAGGGUAUGCUAAUAGCAUACGCACUGUUGAUGGAGGAACCCAUAUUGAUGGAACAAAGGCUUCAUUAACAAGAACUCUUAAUAGCCUUGGGAAAAAAUCCAAAAUUAUCAAGGAAAAGGAUAUCACUUUGAGUGGUGAGCAUGUAAGAGAAGGAUUGACAUGCGUCAUCUCAGUCAAGGUUGCCAAUCCGGAGUUUGAAGGCCAAACGAAGACUAGGCUGGGAAAUCCAGAGGUGCGAAGAGUGGUUGAUCAAUCUCUUCAAGAGUAUCUUACAGAAUACUUGGAGUUGCAUCCAGAUGUACUGGAUUCAAUCCUGUCAAAGUCUUUAAAUGCUCUCAAGGCAGCUCUGGCUGCAAAGAGGGCAAGGGAACUAGUCAGACAAAAGAGUGUUUUGCGAUCCUCUUCUCUCCCUGGAAAACUAGCUGAUUGCUCAUCAACAAAUCCUGAAGAAUCUGAAAUCUUUAUAGUGGAAGGAGAUUCAGCUGGUGGAAGUGCAAAACAGGGUCGUGAUAGGCGCUUUCAGGCCAUUCUUCCACUGAGGGGUAAAAUUCUGAACAUUGAAAGGAAGGAUGAGGCAGCAAUGUAUAAAAAUGAAGAGAUUCAAAAUCUAAUUCUUGGUCUUGGACUUGGAGUGAAGGGAGAGGACUUUAAGAAGGAGGCUCUACGAUACCAUAAGAUUAUCAUCUUAACAGAUGCUGAUAUAGAUGGUGCUCACAUCCGUACUCUGCUAUUGACAUUUUUCUUCAGAUAUCAGAGAGCCUUAUUUGAUGAGGGCUACAUAUAUGUUGGCGUUCCACCCCUUUACAAGGUUGAGAGGGGAAAGCAAGCAAAAUAUUGCUAUGAUGAUGCUGAACUUAAAAUGCUCCAGAGUUCCUUCCCUCCAAAUGCAUCUUACAACAUUCAGAGGUUUAAAGGCCUAGGGGAAAUGAUGCCCGCACAAUUAUGGGAAACAACAAUGAAUCCUGAGCAAAGGCUUCUGAAACAAUUAGGGGUUGAGGAUGCUGCUGAGGCCAACAUUGUCUUUUCGUCCCUUAUGGGUGCUCGGCUGUCUGGUGCUUAUAUCUGA